GGCGACCACAAAGUGCCCGCGUUAAAAUCGAACCUGCAACAGUUAUUACCACAAAACCAACCGCAAAAUGAACGACAGCCUGAGUCUCAGCUUCAGCAAGAGUCGAAACCGCAACCUCAGCAACAACCGGAUAUGAAGGCAGCCGUAGCAUGUCCGGUUUUGUUACCCACCUCCGGGGCACAGUGCAAGGAUACUGUCGUGCCAACGAACUCUAUUAACACAACUGCAGAAGCAACAACAACAACAGCAUCAUCAUCAUCAUCAUCAUCAUCAUCAUCAUCAUUAGCAGCACCAAGAACAAAAGCAACAACAAGGAGAAAAAUAACGGAAAUGACAAAAGCAACGAGACCACCGAUAAUAUCACGAUCACCACCAACAUCAUCAUCAUCAUCAUUAUCGUCCUCUUCACCGUUAACGUCUCGUGCAUCUCCAUCAUCAUCAUCAUCACCACCAUCGUCAAUACCAAUAAUAUCCUCGUCAACUGAUUCCGUUGACGUGUUGAAAAGAAAACAAGUAAGUCCGGAAAAAAACUGCGGUGCGAAGCGACGUAACGGACCCACGGCAAAGAAAAAGCGUUACACCAAGUCACGGAUUCGAAACUGUAACCCUUUGAUUGUGAUGAAAAUCAAGAGAAACAGACGAAUGAAAGCCAACGACCGAGAACGUUCUCGAAUGCACAGCUUAAACGAUGCUUUGGAUUGUCUUCGAGAAGUUCUACCAAAUUAUUCAGACGAAGGGAAAUUGACCAAAAUUGAAACGCUGCGUUUCGCCCACAAUUACAUCUGGACCCUGAGUGAAGCCCUUAAAUUGAUGGACACCGCUGAAAGUAAAGGGGAGUUUGGUGACAUCCCCGAAAAGCUGGCCACCCUGGGUUUGUUUGCACGUCUUUCACAACAUAAACACCACCACCAUUAUCAUCAUCAUCACCACCACCGACAACAACUGCAACAACAUCCACUACAACUACAGCCUCAGCCACAGCAACAACCGUUGCUGCAGAGACCACAACCACCUCAACAACAACAAGUAGUAUUACAACAGCAGUCAUUACAACUGCAACCUAAGCUACAACCAACGCAACCACAACAACCGCUACCACGUCUAUUACCACCAUUAGUACCGCCACCAGCACAACAAUUGCCACUAUCACAACUACUACCGACACCAACGCCAACGCCACCACCACCACCACAUCAACAACAACAACAACAGGUCUUACUUGCAAACGAAAUAGAAAUGGAAGAAGACGACGAAAAUGAUGUUGUUAAGAGUGAGAAUGAUGAUGAUGAUGAUGGUGAUGAUGAUGAUGAUGAGGAGGAUGAUGAUGAUGAUGAUGAUGAUGAUGAUGAUGAUGAUGAUGAUGAUGAAUCAGACCGGUUACUUAAACGGGUGACCGAUACCAGUUUUCUUCAAGACUUUCUCAUGUCGCAGGAGAACGAACCAGUCACGACUUCCGGUUAUCGCCAGGAACCGAACCGCUUCCGUCAUCAUCACCAUCAUCAUCACCACCACCAUCACCACCGCCGCCUCCUUCGCCGCGAAGCCAAUAACUACAACGACGGGGAUGCUGUCGCCAAUAGCAACGGGAAUAGCUCCUCUCUCUACGCGCCAGGGAUAUACGGUGACUAUGGCAACAAAAUUCACGCUAUUAAUAACAACAACCAAAGUGAUAUGGAAGUGACCAGCAGCAGCAGUGGCGGUGGUAGUAGAAGUGGUUGUUGCUGCAGCAGCAGCAGUAGCAGUGGUUGUGGAGGUUGUAGUUGUUGCAUCAGUAACAGCAGUGAUAGUGGUAGCAGUAGCAGUACUAGCAGCAGCAACAGUCGUAGUAGAAGUAGUAGUGUUAGUAGUGGUGGUAGCAAUGACAAUCUCGCCGAUAGCGCCACCGGGGUUCGAUCGUCUAACGGCACCAACAGCCCUUCCGCCCCCGUCCACGACCGUCGCCAUCGCCGCAACCAUCAUCACCACCACCACCACCACCAUCAUCAUCCUUACCAACUGCCACAACACCAGUAUCAUCAGCAUCAACAUCAACCUAAACAGCAACUCACCAAACAGCCCCAACACCACCACCUCUAUUUCCAACAACAACAACAUCAGCUGACGGUGGAACCGGAGCAGAAUGAAAGCCUUCACUUCUCCACAGAUUUCUCGACGCCAAAACCGAACUUUGACGUUCAAGAUGACCAUUUCGUCGAACUCACAAAGUUAUGAUGACAACAAUAAUAACAAUAAUGAUAACAAUAAAGCAACGACGAUGACUACAGAGCGACAGCCUCUACGUGGUUGUUUGAUUUGCUAGCGAUAACAGCCAAAUCUUCCUCAAAUUGCUGCCGUCUUUAAAUUAAAAAAAAAAUAAAUUGAAAGAGGACACUUUCGGACAAUGUAGUCCUAGAUACACCAUGGCUGAACCAACGAUGGGACGUGAUGACCACAGGUGGAAGGCCUUUGAUUCUACGUAAGCCUGCUCAAUCAGCGUCGGCCCGGGCUAAACAGCUACAAGAAAACAAAAACAAAAAAAAACAGUUAAGAGAAUUAAUCGUAAUUGCAAUGUGAUAAUGAAGACGAAAAGUCAUUAAGAAAGAAACACCACGUGACCAAAAUGUUUCGGAAUAACGAAGUGACUGGAUAGACACCCACAGUAUAUUACUGGUAACGAUUUAAUCGCCUUGUGCCAAUGUAAUAUAAACUCUUUGUGCCAAUGUAAAAAAAAAAA